UUCUAACCUUCAAAAUGGCGUCCAUGAUAAGCAAGGUGACACGACAGAGUUUAAGAUUGGCAAGAUCUGGUGCUCGAGCCUUGUCAACACCUUCCUCCUCCCCUGCUGGUGAUGCUACCAGUAGAGGGUAUAACUUUGAGCUUACUGAUGAACAGAAAGAGUAUCAACAGUUGGCUAGAAAGUUUGCAAGGGAGGUAAUUGUACCUGCUGCACCUCACCAUGACCAAACAGGGGAGUACCCAUGGGAUAUAAUCAAGAAGGUAUGGGAAAUCGGAUUGAUCAAUACUCAUAUACCUCAAGCUUAUGGUGGUUUGGGUAUGGGAAUAUUUGACUCGUGUUUAAUCACGGAGGAGUUGGCGUAUGGAUGUACAGGGAUACAGACAGCUAUUGAAGCCAACUCUCUUGGGCAAAUGCCAGUGAUUAUAGCGGGUAAUGAGGAACAGAAGAAGAAAUAUCUCGGAAGAAUGAUGGAAGCCCCUCUAAUGUGUGCAUAUUGUGUGACAGAACCUGGAGCAGGAUCAGAUGUAUCAGGGUUAAAGACUAGAGCAGAAAAGAAAGGAAAUGAAUGGGUUCUAAAUGGUUCCAAAAUGUGGAUCACAAAUGGGGGAGUUGCUGACUGGUAUUUUGUGCUUGCCAGGUCAGAUCCUGAUGUGAAAACACCUUCCGGCAAAGCUUUUACAGGAUUUAUUGUGGAUGCUAAUUCACCAGGCAUAACUAGAGGCAGAAAGGAAAUGAACAUGGGACAAAGAGCAUCUGACACCAGAGGAAUUACAUUUGAAGAUGUUGUAGUCCCAGCUGAGAAUGUUCUAGGCACAGAAGGAGUGGGUUUUAAAAUAGCCAUGGGAGCUUUUGACAAAACUAGGCCACCAGUGGCAGCAGGUGCUGUAGGACUUGCCCAGAGAGCAAUGGAGGAGGCCAUGAAAUACUCCAUGGAGAGGAAAACAUUUGGAAAAUUUAUCUGUGAGCAUCAAGCAGUAUCAUUUAUCUUGGCUGAUAUGGCAAUAGGUAUAGAGUCAGCCCGUCUGGCCAUGCAGAGAGCAGCAUGGGAGAUUGAUCAGGGUCGUAGAAACACAUAUUACGCCUCUAUUGCUAAAUGCCUAGCUGGAGAUGUUGCCAACAAAACAGCCACUGACGCAGUCCAGAUAUUUGGAGGAAAUGGUUUCAACACAGACUAUCCAGUUGAGAAACUGAUGAGAGAUGCCAAAAUUUAUCAGAUUUACGAGGGUACGGCACAAAUUCAGCGCCUGAUUAUUUCACGAGAAAUGCUGACACAAGCUAAACAACAGUGAAGAAUACAGCCAUAAUGUGUGUUAUACUAUCUGUGAUUAUCAUUACCAUUAUCUUAAUCUUUGUGUUCAACACAUGAUGAAAUCUUGAUGUAGACUUUCUCACUAUACAGUUAUAUGUGCUCAGUACAGAAAAAAUAAUAUUUUUUAUCUUUACAAUUAUGAUAUUUAGCCUUAUUAGAGUCUAGUUUUUUUUUGUAUUCAUACCACCAAAAUAAAUGAAGAUGCUCAAUGGCUCAGGAUCAGGAUUUACUUAUAUACUUUCUUACUAUAGUAACUAUAUAAAAUGCUCAGCUUUAUUGCCUGAAGAACAAUUUAUUUUGUUGAACAUGUAUAUUUAUAAUCUCUUUUUUUGUCAAAUAAGAAAAUUUAAGCAUAAAUGAAAAUGUUGUGGGGUUGAGGUUGGAAGUUUUCUGUAGGGAAGUAUACAAUAUCGAUAUGCCAUAUAUAAAUGUACCAUGCACAUUUAUUAGUACUGUAUAAAAUCCUAUUAAACUUUAUAAAAACAAGGGUAACAUAUAUAAUCCAUGUCUGAUAUAACUCGUAGAUGGUUUGUUUUAUAUAUAAAUGAUAUGAUAAUUAGCUUAUACUAUGAAAUAUGAAAUAUAAUUUGCUUGUGGAAGAAAUUUUUAGGAGUAAUAUACCCUGCUUAUAUAAACAGAAAUACACCUGUUUUGGACACCUGUGUAUGCACAUGUAUAUUUAUUAUUCUAACACGCAGCGAUGCUUCACAGUAUACCACUAUUUAAGAUAGAGCAAUCAAGUGCAUUAUUACAUGAUAUGCCUUGCAUAAAAAAGAAAUGCCUAAACAUCAUAUGAAGACAAUAAACCAAAUAACGUUGGGAAAAUUACUUCCACAGUCAAUAUAGUUUUACAUAUUUAUAUAAAUUCUUUUAAUUUGCAUAUUAGAAUGGAAAAUAGAUACAUGUAUUAGUAUAAUAUUGCGAGUUUUAUCGACCUUCGUGAUUAUAUUCCUGCAUAUUUGAACUCAAUCAGUGAAUUAUUUUACAACAAUGUACAUUCAUAUCCAUGUUGUAAGGAAUUAAACUUUAAGGAAAAAACAUAGAUUUUCAAACUUGAAUAAUUAUUCCUUAAUUGUAAAUUGAUCAGUAUCUAUAAUUGUCAUUUAUUAUAGAGUUUAUUUGUAUAUAUUUGUUAUAGUGAAAAAUAAUAGAAUGGCGUUUUUGUUGUCAUGACAUUGUGUUAUUAAAGUGCUAAUGCAAGUUUAUAUUAGAAAGUUACAUAUUUAUAACCAGUGAUAUUUAUGUUUUGUACAUCUGUUUAUUUGACUCUGUAUAAUUUCACCUUCAUAUACAAACAAAUGGGUUAUAUUUCUUUGAUUUCUUCAUUGAAUAAUAAAAUCAUUUUAAAAGGUU